GUGUCUGGGAGCCAGGCGCGCAGCCGGCACGGAACGUCGGGAUCUUUGCCCCAGGAGAAAAAAGAGUUCCUGCAAAACGGACCGGACUUACAAGACUUUGUAACCGGCGAUUUGUCAGACAAGAGCGCGUGGGCUGAGUACAAAGGCAGUUUAAAGCGUCAGAAAGGAGAAAGGCUGCGACUUCCUCCAUGGCUGAAAACAAAGAUUCCCAUGGGAAAGAACUACAAUAAACUAAAGAAUACCUUGAGAAGUUUAAAUCUUCAUACGGUAUGUGAAGAAGCACGUUGUCCCAACAUUGGAGAAUGCUGGGGAGGUGGUGAAUACGCUACAGCUACGGCUACUAUUAUGCUGAUGGGUGACACAUGCACUAGAGGUUGCAGAUUUUGUUCAGUAAAGACAGCAAAAAAUCCACCUCCACUGGAUCCCCAGGAGCCUUACAACACAGCAAAGGCUAUAGCUGAGUGGGGCUUGGAUUAUGUUGUGUUGACGUCUGUGGACAGAGACGAUAUGUCCGACGGUGGAGCAGAACAUUUUGCAAAGACAGUCUCUCAUCUGAAAGAAAGGAAUUCGAAAAUCCUGGUGGAAUGCCUAACUCCCGAUUUUCGAGGGGACCUUAAAGCCGUGGAGAAAGUCGCGCUGUCGGGACUGGACGUGUACGCCCACAACGUGGAGACAGUGCCGGAAUUACAGCGGUGA